AUGGGGCACGAAGCAGCGGAGGCCCGUUUGAAAGACACGCUACAAGCUAUCCGCCAGUUAGACGGUAGUGACGUCCUUGCUAUUCAAGACCAAAUGGACGUGACAUGCGGUAUCGUGAUGCAAACAAAGGUGCAGAAGUUGAUGUUCGAGCGCUGGGGCGACACUCUUACGAUGGAUUUCACUCACGGCACGAACAAUUUGGGCUAUCACUUGGGUGCGUAUGAGUUCAACCUUAUUAACAAAGUAAUUUUCUACUGUUGUGUGUUGGAUAUUUCAGGGAGUCUGGUCGUCACAACUGCUACUGCUAGAGGGUUCCCAGUUGUAGACUUCAUAUGCCUCAACCAACGAGCUCCAAUGAUGACAACAAUCCUGGAGUAUUUUCAAGAGAAGAAC